UGCCGGUGCCGCUCCCCGCGUGCAGCCGCGCCACGUGACCGGCCGGGGGUCACGGCCGCCCGCCCGCCAGGAGCGGCCUCGUCCCGUCCGUCCCGUCCCGGGCGCUCCGGCCCCCCGGCGGCAAUGAGGGCGCUGCGCUGGGCGGCCCUGGCUGUGCGAGCGGCGGGCGGGAGGUGGGCGCCGCCCGUCCCCCGCCGCGGUCGCAGCGGCCCCGGUCCGCCCCCGCCGCGGGAGUGGGCGCUGUCGGUGAGCCCGCGGGGGCGGCUGCGGGUGCGGCUGCCGUGCCAGGUGAGCGUCCGCCCCCUGGACCCGCAGCGCUGCCCGGGCGCGGACCGGGUGCUGGUGGCCGUGAGCGGCGGCAGCCCCGGGCGCGGCGGGCGGGAGCGGGAGCCGGUGCGGGUGGAGCACGACGAGGCGCUGGGACAGGUGGCGAUUGUGGCGGACGGCGUGGACAGCAAGACCGCCGUGGACGUCCGGACGCCGGUGAAGUUCGAUUUGGAUAUCAAAACAUCAGGAACUGGCUGCGUGAAGAUUCAGAAAAUAGAAUGUGAUAGCUGCAAAAUAGAAACAGAGAAGGGGACUAGUGUCUUGCAGUCAAUAAAGAGCCAUAAAAUUGAUAUACGGACAAACGGUGGCAAAGUAAUCGGUCUUGGAACACUUUAUGGAAAUACAGAUAUUUGUGCAACAGAAAAGGGGAGUGUAAAUAUAGAGAAGCUGCAGGGGACAACCAUCAGUAUAUCUACUGAAGAUGGGCUGCUGAAAACAAAGUAUCUCUAUGCAGAAUCAGCAUCUCUCUCUUCAGAAUCUGGUGAUAUUAUGCUGGGAAGUGUUCAUGGUAAUACCAACCUUCAGACCAAAACAGGGAGUAUCACAGUAGAUUCAUCAGAUGGAAGUCUAAAAGCUUCUACGUAUCAUGGGACAAUUGAUGUUUAUGUCAGUCAAUUAAGAAAAGUGGAUCUGAAAUCCCAGAAAGGUUCAAUUACAGUCAAGGUACCUGCGUCUCUCAAAGCUUAUUUAGAGCUGUCUGGAAGAAAAGUGGAUGUGAGCUCGGAGAUCCAGUUAAAAGAAACACAGAGUGCCUCCAAAGACGAUCAUGUAACUCUAAGUGGUCACAUGAAUCAAAGGGAUGAAACAGACAAAUGGAUUAAGGCUGACACACAAAAUGGCAAAGUGUGUCUUAAAAGCCAAAGCUGGAUCCAAUCUGUCAAGCUGAAGAGUUCUUGAAGGAUUCCCCAGGAGGUAUAAUUGCCCCUGGCUAAUGGAUUUCAAGAGUCAAGGGCAGCACGUCUACUGUAAUUCAGAAUGGUUAAAAACUCCACUUCCUGUUUACUGUUGUGUAUACUGUUUGUUGAGAUGAGGUGGGCACUGAUGCAUAUGACAAAUUAUGUGUAUUUUUAAUAUAAACACUAAUAUAUAAAACAUUUCUAAUAGUAUUACUAAAGGUAUUACAAUAUUAUUAGAUAUGAGUUACUAUACUUUUAAAAGUCACAAAAUUAAUAAAUUAUAAUUGUUUUGGAUAUCCAAAAAAAUGGUUGAAAGUAAUGAUUUCUAUGCCCUGCUGCAGCCAAAGUGCAAAAAACACCUCAAGAUUCACACCACGUGAAAACAUCAAAAUAUUCUAGUAGGUACUUCACAAGAUUGAAUCCUUUUAAUGGUCCCAUUAUUCACCUGAAAUACAAAGCCUGUCAGCCACUGAGAUUAAGGUUGUGGUUUUUGGGACUGUUGCAUCAGCAAUUUAAGGCAGAACACACUAAGAAAACAUGUUAUUUGUUCCAUAUUCAAAAGAAAGCAAACUCAGGCUUUGAAUUCAUUAAUUUUCUAAAUGUAGCAGGAAUUAAAUGUCAGGAUUGUUAGUUACUUGUUUAAAGUUUAAAUCAGCCAGAAGAAAAAUUGUGCUACCUCUAAAGCUACUGAUUAUAUUCAUGCCAAGCUAAUACAUGUUGAGACCAGGUAGAAUCUUAAUAUAAAGGUCAACAAUGAGAUGAAGGACAAAUUCUUGGGAGUUUCCCCAGAGGCAUUGAGCAAUGUCUUGUUCCACUACAAUGAGGUUAAACUGUAUUUUUCUCUAGACAAGGGAAGAUCAGUAGGUUAUCAGCAAUUAGAAUUUGAAUGGCAAAUCCCUUGUGUGCUCAUAUAUCUUUUCUGUCUGUUUGAUAAGAAGACAUUCUUGUAACUGUAGCAUUUAUACUUUAACACUUUUUUCAUCUGUGCUCCCUUUAAUUUGGUUCUUCUGCUC